GAAUAAACGACAGGUUUCAUGGAUAGAUUGGUUGAUUUUUGAAUAUAUAUUGUGGUUAUUUCUGAAUAUAUGUUGUGGACUAUAUAAUCAUACACUACAUGCUACAAAUUUAGUAUGCCCCCACUAAAAAUUGUAAGCUGUAACGACUUUGUUCUUUGUUAUUAUUUUUUUAUGCAUUAUUUCCUCUUCUGAAAACCCAGCAGCCACAAAAACUUCUCCAAUGGAACCAUCUGUGUGUGGAGAAGACGAUAUCGUUAGGUGGUUUGAGGACGUGACGGAGAAGGCAGGUUCAGUUCAAACGCAGACGCUCCGGCGGAUACUUGAACUGAAUUUCGAAGUGGAAUAUCUCAAGAAAUGGUUGGGGGACAUCGAAAUCCAAGAGGUAGAUGCGUGUCUGUUGGAAUCACUCUACACUUCUUUGGUGCCUCUUGCUUCACAUGCAGAUUUAGAGCCUUACAUUCAUAGAAUUGCAAAUGGGGAAUCAGGCCCCAUUCUCACAAAACAACCUAUAACUACUCUCUCCUUAAGUUCUGGAACCACAGAAGGAAGACAAAAGUACGUACCGUUUAUGCGCCACAGUUCACAGACCACUCUUCAAAUUUUUAGGCUGGCUGCAGCUUAUAGAUCAAGGGUUUAUCCGACGAGAGGAGGAGGGAGGAUCUUGGAAUUCAUAUACAGCAGUAGACAAUUCAAAACCAAGGGAGGAUUAACAGCAGGAACAGCCACAACUCACUACUACGCCAGCCCGGAAUUCAAAAUUAAACAGGAAAAAACCAAGUCAUUCACUUGCAGCCCCGAAGAGGUCAUUUCGAGCGGUGACAGCAAGCAAUCAACAUAUUGUCACCUUCUCCUCGGCCUCUUCUUCUCCGAACAAGUAGAGUUCAUAACCUCCACCUUUGCGUACAGCAUAGUGCAGUCCUUUAUCGCCUUCGAAGAGCUCUGGAAGGAGUUGUGCAUUGACAUACGAGACGGCACUCUUAGUAAACGAAUCAAUCUCCCCAAAGUGCGAAAAGCGGUCUUGGAUAUCAUCUCCCCAAACCCAAUUCUGGCUUCGAAAAUUGAAGCUUGUUGCGAGGAGUUGGAGGAUUUGGAUUGGUUUGGUCUGAUUCCCAAGCUUUGGCCCAACGCCAAGUAUGUGUACUCUAUAAUGACAGGAUCAAUGCAGCCGUAUUUGAAAAAACUCCGGCGAUAUGCAGCGGAAGUGCCGCUAGUAAGUGCAGAAUAUGGAUCAACUGAGAGUUGGAUUGGAGUGAAUGUGGAUCCCUGUUUGCCUCCGGAGGAGGUGACAUUUGCAGUGGUGCCAACUUUUUCCUACUUUGAGUUCAUACCACUUCAUAGACAGAAGCAAGAUUACAAUUUGGUCAUUGAUGAUUUCAUAGAAGAUAAACCAGUACCAAUGUCACAAGUCAAGGUUGGACAAGAGUACGAGAUUGUCCUCACUACUUUCACUGGACUUUAUAGGUACAGGCUAGGAGAUGUGGUGGAAGUGGCAGGUUUCCACAAUGGAACUCCAAAAUUGAACUUUAUAUGCAGGAGAAAGCUUAUAUUGACAGUAAACAUAGACAAAAACACUGAAAAGGACCUUCAAAUGGUGGUGGAGAGAGGCUCUCAACUAUUGAGCAAGUCCAAAGCAGAACUGAUUGACUUCACAAGCCAUGCUGAUGUGCUGACCCAACCAGGCCACUACAUAAUAUACUGGGAGAUCAAAGGAGAAGUUGAAGAGAGGGUUCUUGGUGAAUGUUGCAGAGAAAUGGAUGCAUCUUUUGUGGAUCAUGGUUACGUUGUCUCGAGGCGAAGUAAUUCGAUUGGACCUCUAGAGCUUCGGAUUGUGGAGAAGGGAACGUUCAAGAAAAUUUUGGAAUAUUUCAUAGGAAAUGGAUCGGCAUUGAGCCAAUUCAAGACCCCUAGGUGCACUAGCAAUAAGGUGCUCUUGAGCAUUCUCAAUUUAUGCACCACUAAAAGGGUUUACAGCACUGCAUAUGCUAAUUAGCAACAUUAUUAUAUUUGGCAAAAGGAUAUGGAGGGUUAAAUUCUUCCGGAUCAGAGAAGUUACAUGUCAAAAUCAUGAGUUUGGAUCCAAAAUAAAGUUUAACUUUAUCUAA